AUGGGUGAAAUCAGGUGCCAAGAAGGAGUUACUGAUUUCGGAACAGGAACACUUCCUUUUGAACCUACAUUUACCAGUAAAUGGCAAUAUGUAAAAGCACAAGAUAAGGCGAAAAGUGACAUUUUCGUUCAUUUCCCUGACAGCGUUGACACAACUACAAGACCUGUAAAAGUAACAGUUGAAGUAAGGGUCAAAGAUGGCGGAGACUCUUACAUCUUUAAUGCGUUCGGUUCUUCUACACGAGACGAUGACAGGAGAGAGAAAUAUGGCGGAGUAAUUUAUUUCUACAACGCUAGUGGUGUUCUAAUUCUCUUGCCAAGCAAUAUCAACGGAUAUAGUUCCGGGAGGGCUGUGUAUUGCGGUGAAACGAAGGAUUGGUACCACCCAACUUCUCAUGAAAAUAAAACAAUCAGCAAUAUAGAAUUCAUGGAGGCCGAUGUUUGA